AUGCCAAAUCCACAAGCACUGGCCCGCAUCCUCGGGCGGGACUAUGAACCAACACCACCAGCCGGCCACGAGACUCUGGGACCAUACCUCCUGCGUGUAAUCUGGACGCUCGCCGCUCUGUCAAGCUUGUUUCUCGGUCUGCGCGCGUACUGCAAGUUGUCGAGGGGGCAUCGAUUGUGGUGGGACGACUAUUUCCUCAUCGCCAGCUGGGUCGCCGUCAUCUACUCCAUCUCUCUCCAGACCGUGGCUGUCCACUAUGGGCUCGGCAUGCACUAUGAGGACCUGAGCGACGCGGAAAUCUCGGAGCUCGGCCUCUUCUCCAUGGCCGCCGGCUUUGGCACCAUCUUGGCCACCUGCUGGACCAAGACGUCUUUCGCCAUUACCCUGCUGCGCAUCUCAGACGGCCACAUGCGCCAUUUUAUCUGGUUCAUCAUCAUCUCGGUCAACCUAGUGCUCGGUUCCAAUGGCAUCAUCCACUGGAUCCAAUGCUGGCCCGUCCAAAAAACCUGGCACUCCGAGAUGGAUGGCUCUUGUUUCUCGCCGGAUGUUGUCCGCGGUUACAACACUGCGACUGCCGUCUUUUCGGGUGUCAUGGACAUCUUGCUAGCGCUUCUGCCGUGGAGAAUCAUCUGGACCGCCACCAUCAACAAGCGGGAACGUCUUGGCGCCUUGGUGGCCAUGAGCACGGGUGUUUUGGUCGGUAUCAUUGCGUUCUUGAAGAUUAAGACCAUGUAUGUCAUCGGCAAUGCAAGCGCUACGACGGUGGACUUGCAAAUCUUUGGCACUGCCGAGCCCGCCACCGCCAUCAUGGCCGCCUCCAUCCCCAUGCUGCGCGUUCUUAUUCAGCGCAGCCCGGCCUCCAAGCCCUCGCGUUUCAUCGAACUUGUACGCAGCCGCACCGACACCGCCCCUUCCGCCCUAGAUACGAAACGCAACGCUGAGGACUCGUGGGAGGAAACCGUCACCAGAAGCCCCGAUCCCGCGCACGCCCGGCUCCGGUCCCCGGAUGAGGAUGACGAUGAACGCUACCGAUGGGCUUCGUGA